AAAAAAAAACUAGCAAAAUAAACAAAAGGAGUUAUUAUCAUGUCGGAUGAAGAAAAUGUACCCGAAACCCAAAUGGAGAAUGUUAGCGAUGGAGCUGGCUUAGAGGAAGAGGACGACGAUGAUAUGGAACAAAUAACUGCUCAAAAGGUCCUGGAAAUUCUUGAGACCGCCUGGAUCAAUGAAAUGUGCGCCCCCGAGAUCCUUCCCAGCCAAGUGGACAUGCUGGAGUUGAUGGUAUCGCAAGUGGCACACAUGGAAGAACAGAUGCGUGACCUGGACAAGAAUGAUUUCCGAGCGGUGGUCCAUGGGAUGGAGCUGGAGCGCGUCCGCUACAUUAUGGCCAGCUAUUUACGCUGCCGCCUACAGAAGAUCGAGACCUUCACUCAGCACAUUCUUAACCAGGAGGCGGCUCGUGACCCGGACGAGAAGAGACUGUCGCCGGAGGAAACUAAAUUUGCACAGGACUUCGCCGGUCAUGUUGACGAGUACUUUCACAAGGUGGCCACCCAGUAUAUGCCCAACCAGCAGCGCGGGGAGGCCGAGCUGAGAAUCGUAACACCCAACCUUAUGAGCCAUGUCUUCCUGAAGGCUAAUGUGGCGGUUCCCGCUGUGAUCGUGGGUGUUGAUGACGAGGAGGUGGACAUGGCGGCUGGAUCUCAGCAUAUUAUUCCUUAUCAAUUAGUCGCUGAUUUGAUACAGAAUAAUCAGGCACAACUAAUCUAAUAGGUAAUCAAUAAAUAAAAUAUUAAAAAUUCAAUUUAUGGCUCAACAAUUUUUUAAUUGGAUUGGACAACUAUCAUUGUUGUUCCAUAAAUCCAUAACAUUUUUUAUAAAAAAUUAGUUCCAUAGAAAGGUAUUUACCUUUGCAUGUAUUUUAUUAUUACUACAAAAUUAAAAAACAAAAAAAUUGUUACUCCAACUCCUUAAAAAUGGUAGUUCGGGAUGUAGAGGGUUAAAACUCUGCAGUGUUGGUUAAUGUUGUUGUAUGAACAGCUGCGCUUGUGCCUGACGUCACAGAGCACUUCUGCUGAGGUGUUUCAGGCACAUACACAUCAACCAACUCACAUUAUUCUCUCUUCGGCCAAUGUGGCGGGCUUUCGCGCGAACGGCAAAGACACUCUUCGAUUGUGGGCCACCACCACCACAAGGAUUACAACCACUAACGCUGAAUCAGCAGGUAUUGCGACAUUCCAUCGGAAGCAAUUUUUGCAAGAAGUACCUAUCCGCCCCGGCCCCCUCCACGUUUUCAACAUCAACUUAUAAUAUGAGUUCCGAAAAGCCAAAGGUUGUGUUUGUGCUAGGCGGACCUGGUGCCGGAAAGGGCACACAAUGCUCAAGGAUUGUAGACCGCUUCCAGUUUACGCAUCUCUCUGCCGGAGAUUUGCUGCGGGAGGAGCGAUCCCGCGAAGGCUCCGAGUUCGGCACCCUAAUCGAGGAUUACAUCAGAAACGGCAAGAUCGUGCCCGUGGAGGUCACAUGUUCGCUGCUGGAAAACGCCAUGAAGGCCUCUGGUAAAUCAAAGUUCCUCAUCGACGGAUUUCCCAGGAAUCAGGACAAUCUGGACGGCUGGAACCGUCAGAUGUCGGAUAAAGUGGACAUGCAGUUUGUGCUGUUUUUCGACUGCGGCGAGGAUGUGUGCGUCCAGCGAUGCUUGGGACGUGGCCAAAGUGGUUCCGGCCGGUCGGACGACAACAUGGACAGUCUGAAGAAGCGCAUCUCCACCUACAAUAACGACUCAUUGCCGAUCAUCAAGUUCUUCGAGGGCGCCGGCCAAGUGAAGAAGAUCGACGCAAGUCCUGGCGCAGAUGCGGUCUUCGGCGAUGUGGAACGCGUGUUCGUGGCCAGCGGCUUCUAAACAUUAGACAUUUCCUGUCUGGUUCUUUGUGCAGUGUUAUCUUGAAUUUCCUACACCCCUCAGAAAUACAUACAUAUACGCUUGUUAAUGCUAAUUACGAGUAAUCAAUAGUGGGAGAGGUAGCACUUGUUUUAAACACCUGAGGUUAGUGGCAACAGACCGUUGAAUACUUUUAUACUUUAGAUAAAAUAAAUGCUUAAAACCAA